AUGGGAUACACUGAUCACAACAAGUUUUUAAUGUUUGGUGACUCAAUCACGGAGUAUGCUUUCAAUCAGUUCCCACAAGGAUGUGAACAGCCACAAUAUGCACUUGGUGCAGCGUUGCAGCAAGCUUACGUAAGGAAGCUCCAAGUCGUACAAAGAGGUUUCUCUGGAUAUACUUCUAGGGAUGCUCUGCCAUUGGCUAAAUCUAUUUUGAAAGCUGAGCAUGAUGACGUUCCAGAAUCACAGAAAAUCAAAAUAGCAUACUGUUUCUUCGGUACUAACGAUGCACGUUUGAGAGGCACUUCAGAUUGCAAUGCUGAAUCAAUUCCAUUAGAUCUUUUCCUAGAGAACAUGAAGAAAACAGUCAAUGAAUUUAGAACAAGAAACAUUCCGCUGAUCGUGAUUACUCCAGGCUUGCACGAUAGCAAGCUCUGGGAUAGUACGCACCCAGAGGAUCUUAAAACGGGUGAUUAUAGAACUAACGAAAGAAAUAAGCUAUACCAAGAUAAGCUGAGAGAAGCUAUUCCUGAAAUUCCAAUGGUAAUGCUUUAUGAUGUUAUGGCAGAAUGGAUGAGAACGAAUAGUAAGCUAGGCUGGGAUGACCUAUCAGAGUUACUUUAUGAUGGUAUCCAUCUCUCAGGUGAAGGUUACAGGCUUUUAUUCAACGAAUUGAUGUCAACUAUUAAGAACUAUUAUCCCGAAGUUCACCCGGAUAACCUAGAGUUCAAGUUCCCUGAUUCCAAAACGUUGACUGAGGACACUUUCGCAAAUAUCGAGUAA